AUCAACAACUCAACAAGUGUUUUCCCUUGUGCGAUCAUAAUCACUGCUCUCUUCUUCUUUUGCACCAAAAAAAUACAUAUAUUCACUUUCUUCCUCCCCAUCCCCGAGCAUUCUGAUCUCGAGAUCUAUCAUCAAUGGCGGCACCAGAUCUUCUGUUCAGUCUACGGAAUAAUUUCUACUUGGGAGCUUACCAAUCAGCCAUCAACAAUAGCGACAUCCCCAAUCUUUCUCCUGAAGAUGCAAUCGAAAGAGAUUGUUUCGUUUACAGAUCAUACAUUGCUCUUGGCAGCCACCAACUUGUCAUCAAUGAAAUUGAUUCUUCUGCUGCCACUCCUCUUCAAGCCGUCAAACUUCUCGCUUUCUAUCUUUCAUCUCCCGAUAAUAAGGAAUCGGCGAUUUCGAGUUUAAAGGAGUGGUUAGCGGAUUCUGCCGUUGGAAACAUGCCGACCUUGAGGCUUGUUGCUGGUAUUAUAUUUAUGCAUGAACAAGAUUACAGUGAAGCUUUGAAGCAUACUCAUGCUGGAGGAACUAUGGAAUUGCAUGGAUUGAAUGUCCAAAUAUAUAUCAAGAUGCAUAGAUCAGAGCAUGCAGAUAAACAGUUAAAGAUUAUGCAACAAGUUGAUGAGGACCACACAUUGACUCAACUUGCUAAUGCCUGGCUAAAUUUGGCAGUGGGGGGUUCCAAGAUACAGGAGGCAUAUCUCAUCUUCCAGGAUUUCUCUGAGAAGUAUUCAAUGACUGGAUUGAUCCUGAAUGGCAAGGCUGUCUGUUGUAUGCAUAUGGGAAAUUUUGAUGAAGCAGAAUCACUGUUACUUGAAGCUUUGAACAAGGAUGCAAAGGAUGCUGAAACAUUGUCAAAUUUGGUUGUGUGCUGUCUUCACCUUAGCAAGCCAACAACCCGAUACCUGAGUCAGUUGAAGGUUACACAUCCUGAGCACAUGUUCGUGAAAUGUUUGUCUGAUGCAGAAGACAGUUUUGAGAGGGCAGUUCAGUCAGUUGCAUAAGAAAUACAUUGCUUGUGUACUUGGUCUAGUAUCUAGUUAAUUGGUUUUUUUUGUGAACUAAGUCUAUUACAUUGUUGUUUCUCUUUUAAUUAUCCCUGAUAUGGGAUCUUCCAACUCCACAGGGACAAGAAUCAAAUAGCAUGUUAUGAUAGCUUUAUGUAUGGAACGGCAUGAGACUUUUCGAAAUUGUUUGUAAUUCUAUAUUUUUUUUUUCACUA